AUGGAAGAAAUAGACGUUGAAAAACAUUAUGCUGGUCAUCAAACUAUCUUCUCCAUCAGAUUAUUCUAUGGUAGAGAGUUUACAAAGUUUCCUGGAAGGAGGUACGUCAAGGGCAAAGAAAGAUACGUUGAUCUAUUGGACAUUGAUGAGUUUUGUGUACACGAUAUUGAUGAGAUGAUGGAGACCCUAGGCUGUGUUGAGGAGGGUAUAUUUGAUGAAUUUGAUGAGAUUCUAAAUGAAGAACAUGGAGGGAUUACUCAUGAAAGUGGUAAUAGAGAUGAUGUUGAUGAUAAUGGUGAUAGUGAUGAUAGUAAGUUCUUAGUAGACUUAGAUAACCUCCUAGAUGAACCUGAUAUAGACAUGAAGGAGUUUUUGUUAAAUAUUGAUGAAUAUAUAGAGUGGGUGGGUGAUCUUGGAGGGUCAAAUGUCAAGGAAACAGAAACAAGGGAAAUUGAUGAUAUUGAGGUUGUAAACAAUGAGGUAUUCUUAUAUGAGUCAUCAUCUGAUGAAGGUGGGAGCAACAGGAGAAGAAAAUCAAUUAAGGCAAUCCGAAGGGCAAUGGAAAACAGUGAAGCAAGAGUUAGUGAUCCAUUUUAUGUGUACCAAAAAUUCACCUCAUCUGAAGAAUUGAAAGAUGCAAUAAGACAACAUAUUGUGGAGACAAGGAGGGAACUAGACUUUAUAAAAAAUGACAAAAAUAGAGUGAGAGCUAUUUGUAAAGGUACUAUCCCAGACCUUGGUCAACUUGAUCCAUGUGGGCCCAGUCAAAGCAAUAAAGAAAGUGAAGAAAACAAGUGUUCAUAG